CCCACCCACUAAUCUAUAAAAAUAAAUGGUUUCCUCAAACUUGGUCCUCAUUCACCAUUCUUUAACUCACUUUAAAGGGGAGAGAGAGAGAGGAUGGAAUUUCAAAAACAAGAAAGAGAGGUGAAGAAGAUGAAGAGAUUCACUAGGAUCAUAGCCUUGGCAUCCAUUUUCUCUUUCAUACUAUCUUACUCUUCCUUAAUCUCCUCUCUUCAACAAAGACUCCAUUUGCUUUCCAUGUAUAGCAACCUUGUGGACAAGAAAUACAUGUUCUUGUUAUGCAAUGGUAUUGUGGGCUUCAUUUUGGGGAAUUUCCGGGGGAGUUCCGAAACCCUUUUGCACAGUAAAGCCAUUAACAUCGUCGACGAAACGAAAGAAGUAGUUAUCAAAGACAUGAGAGAAUCAAAAGUGAAUAAAGUAGUGGCAGUAUUUGGAGAAAAGAGUGCUUCCAAAGAAGAAGAAGAAGAAAGGGUUGAUUUACUAAGAGGAGAAGAAGUUACAUUGCUUGUUGAGGAUGAUGAGGGUAUAAUAGUACAAGACCUUGCAAUCAUGAGAAUCGAUGAUAAUGAUCAUGAUGGUGCCGAUAAUGAUGAUGAUGAUGCGGAUGCAGAGAUAGAUGGUAGUUUGUUAAGUUCGGAAGAUUUGAACAAAAAAUGUGAGGAAUUCAUCAGGAAAGUGAAGGCGGAGAUUAGAUUCGAGUCCCGGAAGUUGAUUACUUUUUAGAUAAUCUUGUUCUUCUGAGAGUUUAAUAGAAACAUCUUUCGUAUAUUCGUAUUCUGCAAGAGAAGUAUAUAAUUUUCUCUUUUCAGUCGAAUAGAUUCUGUAUUUUGGUUCCCACUUUAGUCUAACUUAACCUUCCAUUGUGCUAGUAUGUAUCAUCUAUGGGAUCAAAUCGUUUUUCUCCCU